AUUAUCCCAGAAAUUCAACCGGCCCGUAUGACUAUGCAGAAUAUUACGCUGGAGCUGGGGAAGACUCCACUCCUUGCAACAAUGCUGAUUGGGUGGAUUUCAGCAAAGUGUUUCUGCCCACUCUCUAUAGCUUUGCGUUCGUCCUAGGCUUCUUAGGCAAUGGCCUCGUGGUGUGUGUCCUGCUGAAGCAUCGCGACCAGCUCAACUUGACAGACAUCUGCCUUUUGAACCUGGCCCUCUCCGACCUGCUCUUCGUCCUCACGCUGCCUUUCUACUCUCACUACGCCAGACUCGCUCAAUGGACUUUCGGAGACUUUCUGUGCCGCCUGGCCUCCGGCUCCCACAGCGCUGGGUUCUUCAGCAGCAUCUUCUUCAUGGUGGUCAUGACGCUUGACCGCUACAUGGUCAUCGUGCACGCUCACAAGGUGGCACGGUAUCGCACCGUGAGGACAGGCGUCGCCCUGACCGUGUCCCUCUGGACGCUGAGCCUCUGCAUCUCUCUGCCGCACGUCAUCUUCACCAAGGUGACACACGAGUCCGAUAGGGUGGCUUGUCACGAACCAGAAAGCGACGACUGGAGGCUCUAUAAGACCUUCUCGAUGCACGUGUUGGGUCUGGUGAUCCCUCUGCUGGUGAUGAUCGUUUGCUACUCGAGGAUCCUCCCCAUCCUGGUGAACAUGAGGAGUGCUAAAAAGCACCGUGCGGUCAAGCUGAUCCUCUCCAUCGUGAUCGCCUUCUUCUUAUUCUGGGCCCCGUAUAACCUUUCCCUGUUCCUGGAGUUUCUAAUGUCUAAAGGGUUCUUGCCAAAGGAAUGCAGCGUGAAGGCCAGUGUCGAGCUGUCCAUAACGGUGACUGAGUCCUUGGCUUACACUCACUGCUGCCUGAACCCCAUCAUCUACGCCUUUGUGGGACAGAAGUUCAUGAAGCGAGCCCGGCCGCUGCUGAGGGCAUGUGUGCCUGGGGUUCUUCUGCCUUCCAGCCGAGACCUCUCAGAGAGCUCAUACAGGAAGAGCUCAGUGUCUCGGUCCUCUGAAGUCACCUCCAUCAUGUGAAAGGUGCAGGGCGGAUGGUUUCAUGGAGCAUGAAGAGUCAACAUGUGUUUCAAAUGUCCAUUUCUGACUGUU